UCCGCACCUCUCAUUAAUUUUGGCCAUGGACUGGGUAUCGGACGAUGGUAGUUUGAACGAAGCCGACCUCCAGAACGUUUUUCGAUAUGAAGCACGGGAGACGAGGGUGGUCAAGAUCCUAACCAAUCAAUGCGGUACAGAUCUCUGCAUACGGUCGAUUAAGACCUCAGGAGAGUGGCAAUCAUGGCUCGAGAAUGACACUCCAUCACUUUACAAAGAUUCGGGUCUUGUAGUCAUAAUCGCCAGAAAGCCAUACGAUACUGCAACAAAGCAUUGCGGAGGAGGGAACUCUCCUAUUGUCCACCCUUCGGGAUCGACACCUGAAUCAUUUAAUGAGAAAUUUGCAUCGCUCAGCACCUUUAGCAAUGGGACAUGGUCAAGUAACACUACCGCGGAUAUCGAGUCCCAGCCCGACACGCCAGAGGCCCCGAAAGGAGGAAAGAGGGAGGUGCGCCAACUGCCUUUUGAUCGGAGCACAUUCAGGGACAUUUGCGAUAGAUUCUUCAUACACUCCUCGAUAGCGCGAGUUAUAAACCGGGCAGACGUUCCUGUAUUUUCUAGAUCCUUUAUUACCAUGAAGCAAGGGGGUCCGGAUGCAGCUGGCCAAACUGCCAUAGUAUAUCAUUGCAGAUCAUCUAAUACAUGGGCGGACGACUUAGCCUUGACAGCCACUCACUUUCCCCGGAGCAACUUGACCUUUGCGGUACUGUUUGGAUGCAAUGCUGAGGUCGAACGCAACGUAAUCAACCGAUUAAGUCGAGCGACGGACCACGCAUCUUUCCCUUUACUUCUACCAGGAAUAUUCGCAGAGCUGGAAAGAGACCGGAUGGCGAAGGCCGUCACAGAAACGGUUGAUGCCAUCGAAGGAGCGAUCUUCGAGCUUGGCACCGGAAAUCCGGUCGAAGGCGAGGAGCUUGUAGAAGAGGAUAAGAUUGAUAUGAGACAUUCUCGGAGGUCUGCAUGGCUGAACACAACGUUUCUUCGGAACAGCUUAAGAGCAUGGAAGGGUCAGCUUCGAAAGAUGGCAGACCAUGUCGCUGAAUUGUCCAGUCUUCAUAAGGGGCAGCUGAUUGAUGGAGUUUACGGGCAGCCCAAGUGCGAGGAACUGGAUGAAAAGAAUAAGUUGGCGCUGGAGAGAACUGGAUUAAUGAUUCAAGAUCGACUUCGUGUCCUCAUGGAAGACUUCGACGACAGGAUUCAAGAGUGUACGAUGAGUGUUGAAGGAAUGACGAUUGCCACGCAAUGGGCUCAAGGUGACACGAAUGUGGACAUUGCAACAGCUACUGGCCGCGAUUCGAGACAAAUGCGUUCGAUUGCUUUGGUGACCAUGGUAUUUCUCCCUGGGACAUUCUUCGCAACGCUAUUUUCCAUGACGUUUUUCAACUGGUCCCCGGGUGAUAACGAGACGUCCGUGGUAUCGAGUUAUAUCUGGAUCUACUUUCUUGUGACCGGGGUCUUCACAGUCUCAACACUUCUACUCUGGUGGUACUUCCUUUCAUCUCGAAGGAAGAAGUACAGGAGUUGCAGUUUCGGCACAUCUCUUUGGACACUUUGAAUCAGUAGAUUUUGAAUGGUUCCACGGUCUUUGUCAGUGAAAAGAGCGUGAUCAUCGAGACUACCAGAAAAUUGCUCCGUGUAUCAGACUUAAUAAGAGAGCACUUCUCGUAGUCUGGAGUGAGAGCUGCUUGAUUAUCAUUUCAUGUAUGGUGUUUAGUGGCUUAGAGCAUCAACAAAUGGAAAGUUACCACAAACAUUCAAGAGCUUACCAGAGC